AUGUUCAAUCACAGCCCUUUAAGUCAGGGAGCUCGCGAGAUCAGGGUCCUCCGAUUCGCUUGUGCUGCGGCCGGGCCGGUUGACGAUGGCGAAACGAUCUCACUGGAACUGCAACAUGUAUCGCUGAAUGACAACAUCUCAUACGCAGCAGUCUCCUAUACCUGGGGAACCACUACAGGUCCUGUGGAGAUCAAGGUCAACGGGUGUCAAUUCAAAAUUACUCAAAACUUACAUGAGGCUUUGUGGCAAUUCCGACGAGAUGGGAUUGAGUCCUGGCUCUGGAUUGAUGCGAUCUGUAUUGAACAGUCGAAUGACCUCGAAAAAUCUUGGCAAAUUAUGGAAAUGCGAGAAAUUUUUAGUCACGCCAAGAUUGUUUAUCUGUGGCUGGGAACGGGAACCAUUGAGAGCGAUUUAACGAUGGACUUUAUCUCCCGAGUGGGACCCAGGGCACAGUCUUGCGAUAUCGCGAACUUAUGGAAUAAGAUGGCGAUGAGACGGGAGAUAGACUCCUAUAUCAAGAAGCAGUCCCGCCACGAAGAGACCGAUGGAGAUACGGUUUCGGAGUCGAAACUAGGGCCCUUUUUCUGGGACCUUUUGAAUGAGGAUGCUCUACUGGUGCCAUCCCCUUUAAUAACUGGUAUAAGCGACAUUUUGCAGAGGGACUACUGGCACCGAAUAUGGAUUAUUCAAGAAGUGGCUGUAGCGAAAGAAGCACUUGUUGUUGUGGGCACAAAGAGCGUGUCGCUUGAACUCUUUGAUGCAACCUUUACAGCCAUAUGGUAUUGCAUGCGCUCAGGUUUGCGCCGCAUGCACCCAGAAUGGUAUGGUUUUUGCAAGGGUUUGUCGGUCACUCUUUACGACAUAAAGUCCUUGUAUAUCCGGCAUCAUCUGCGACAAAUCCCUGCUGCGCAACCCGUACGUUUGGUAGACGUUCUCUGGGAAACUGGAGGUGCACCAGGACGCCCGCACUAUAGUGCAACUGAUCCCAGAGACAUCCUCUUUGGGCUGCUCGGCAUAUUAACGGAAGGACAAGCUCGAGGCAUACGCGUGGACUAUACCAAGUCAGUUGCCGAGGUCUUCACGAUUUUAACCAGAGCUAUGAUUUCCUCUGAAGAUGAGGACCAGGCCUCCUUUGACUUAGAUUUCUGCAAUCCUGGGUUGUCAACCGGGUAUCUACCUACAUGGGUUCCUGACUGGCGCGAGAUUGGAAAUUGGGGUGUUCGAACUUACCGUAUCAAUCAUUACGGAAUUUACAAGGCUACCGGCAGGUUGUCGGGGCCAGGACGGGCGUUGAGUGUUGAAGGAGAUGCCAACGUCCUUCACCGCUUCGGUUGCCGAGUGGAUGAGAUAACACACGUCAUGCACCCGCCAGAGUGGGUUCAAACAACUCCUUAUGAACCAUCCGAGCUUAAAGAUCCAGACAACUGGUUUCGAUCCAUUGCUACCUUCGCCGGGUUAGGUUCAGAAUGUGGUCCUGGGGAGGACUAUAUCUGGCGGACCAUCACGCACAACACGCUACCCAAACUAACACGUAUUCCUCCACAGGAGCGUACUUCCAUUAUGGAAGGGACGUGUACGCUUCGCCGCAAAAUAAUGCGGUUGCAAGAUGUGGAUGCCACGAGUUUAACAGACCAGGAAAUCGAAUUUAUCCACCACGGUCCUCUCUACAACAACUUCGGCUCCAACUCUGGGGUUCUCAAUGACCAGCAGGUUACAUGGUUUGCAACUCAUUGGAGAGAGAGCUUGGGUCGUGGAAACAGGGAUCGGACACUGUUCAAGACAAGUAAAGGAAUGCUGGGGCUUGGCCAUGUGGGUAUUGAGGUUGGAGAUAUCGUCUCUCUAAUCUGGGGCGUGAGUUCGCCCAUCGUCUUGCGACUGCGGCGCGAUGGAGGAUUCUACUUUUGUGGGGAUGCCUAUGUCGAUGGGAUCAUGCAAGGCGAGUACCUUGAAAAUGGCCCUGUAGAAGAGGAGUUCUGUAUCUACUAG